AUGGUCAACAUAAACGUAUUGUCAGCAGUAUUGUUCUUGUGUGUAGCGCUACCAAAUAUAGUUGCACCAUUCUUUAUCGUACGAAGACUCACAUCCACAUCAACAUCCUACCAUGAUAAUCCAGCCAUUAGCCCAUUGAACAUAAUGGAUUCGAAUCCUGCUUUUCUACGCUUGACGUCACGAAAUAUGCCGGAUUUGCCCGAAUCAUUCUCAUCAUCGGCGAAACGAUUCUCAUUUUCUGGAAACCCAUACGAUGCAGUGAUUGGACGACUACCGUACUAUUUCUAA